CCAUGUGGACAGCAGGCCGAAGUUGACGGUCUCUGUCCUGUAGCCGGGCCAGGGAAACCCACUCUCAGAGUAGACACACCCGCAGCUCUUGAUUUCAAUUGUCUCCUCUGUAGCAUGCCGUGUCAAAACAGUGCACCAGACAACAUGCCCAACUUAGGCCCGGUUAACGUGGUCGCAACACAUGCGCAACCCCUUUUUUCACUCCUCGAACUCCGACCCCUCCGCGGCCACAGCCUCAGCCCCUAA